AUUAGCAGCCCUAAAAAACUCUUGCGAAGCUAUGUCUUUAGGAGUUACAUCAGCUAUCAGCACUGCUGAAGCGAAACCAUUGGAUAUAAAGCUUAGUAAAGAUCUUGAAGAUGUGUUACAAAGAUUUGGUGUAUUCGAGUCAAUUAAUGAACUGAACAAACGAAACACUGUUACCCAACAACUGGAUGACAUAUCAAAGCAAUGGAUCAUUGAUAUUACUAUACAACAAGGUAUACCCAGGAUGUAUGCUGAGAAAGUUUGUGGUAAAAUUGUCACAUUUGGAUCCUACAGAUUAGGAGUUCAUUCCCAAGGAACUGACAUAGAUUUGCUGCUUGUUGCACCACGGAAUGUCACCAGAAUUGAUUUCUUUACAGCAUUCUUCCAACUGUUGCAGAGUCAACCUAAUGUUUCCAACUUAAGGGCUAUUGAAGAAGCAUACGUGCCAGUCAUAAAAUUCAACUUCGAUGGAAUUGAGAUUGAUUUGUUGUUCGCAAGACUAACACUAAAAUCGAUACCAGAUGACCUCAAGUUGGAUGAUGUCAACUUGCUGAACUACAUCGACGAAAAGUGUUUAAAGAGUUUGGAUGGUUGCAGAGUAACAGAGGAUAUUCUGGCUCUAGUUCACAAACCUGACAGUUUUAAAAUGGCAGUCAGAGCUGUAAAACUUUGGGCAAAACGUAAAGGUAUUUACAGUAACAGUCUAGGCUACCUCGGUGGCGUUUCCUGGGCUAUCCUAAUGGCUAGAGUCUGUCAGAUGUAUCCAAAUGCUGCACCUGCCACUUUAGUUCGCAAAUUCUUCCUUGUUUUCGAUCAGUGGAAGUGGCCUGUCCCGGUUAUGUUACGUUACCCUGAAGAUAUACACUCUGGUGACUUGCAGCUACCUGUGUGGGAUCCCAGGGUUAAUCCCUCUGACAGGGCCCACGUCAUGCCUAUCCUUACACCAUCCUACCCUCAACAGAACUCAGCGUUCAACGUUACUACUAGUACUGAGAAUAUCAUAUCUCGGGAGAUCAAAAUAGGUCAACGUAUAUGCGAGUACGUAUUUUCUGGUAAAGCGGACUGGAAUUCCCUCUUCGAACCCUCAGACUUCUUCCACAGAUACAAGCACUACAUUAUCAUACAAGCUAUGGGUGCUGACAAUAAAGAGCAUCUAGAGUGGAUAGGAUUAGUGGAAUCUAAGAUAAGGAUCCUUGUAGAAGACUUGGAGCGAUGCCAAUACAUUGAGUCUGCCCACAUUAACCCCACUGGCUACACUCACGUGGAUAAGGAGCUCUACCCCUUUACUACACAGUGGUUGAUAGGAUUGAGGAUUAAGAUACCCACAGAUACGAGCCAGACCACAACUCUAGAUAUGACAGAACCAAUCCAGCGCUUUGUUGAUGUCAUCUACCUGAAACAAGCAGGAAACAAAUCCCCUAUAACAAAGUCAAUGAGAGUAAAAGCAAAUCACGUGACCAAGAGACUGCUCCCCCUGUACAUUUCACAUUCCAUUUUGAUAGAAGGUAGGGAAAAAGGGGUAAAAAGAAAAGCAAAUAACUUAUAAUGGGAGACUCGACCAAACUCGACCCAUGGCGGGGGAUACUGAUAUCUGGAUAUUAUCCGGUUGGAAGAGACAAGGACAAGUGAAACAAGGAAGUUAGGAGUAAGGGCAAAUUUUCGGCGUCAACGCCAUCUUCAGGCUCAAAUUAUUUGUUAUAUAGUAGUGUUGAAAGUAUUAAUACUUUCAACACUACUAUAUAACAAAUAAUUUGAGCCUGAAGAUGGCGUUGACGCCGAAAAUUUGCCCUUACUCCUAACUUCCUUGUUUCACUUGUCCUUGUCUCUUCCAACCGGAUAAUAUCCAGAUAUCAGUAUUUCAAUCAUGAGACUAAUAAACAGCGAACUACUCCGUUAUUUGAUAUGGCGGGGGAUGAUAAGGUCAGAAUCGUACGGAACUUAGUACCUGAUCCCCCGCCCAUGGUGGAAGCAACCUUGCUCCUUUAUCAAUUAAUUAAGUGAAAUAUAUUUGUAUAUUAAAUUGGAUUUUCUGGCCUAGUGUUCAUCUGAUAUGAAUAUAGAUAUAGCCACUAGCCAGUUAACCAACUGAACAAGAAUGUUUUUUAUACUUUUGGUUAAACAGAAAGCGGCAUUUUUGAUGCCGGAUUUUGAUGCCGGAUUAUUUUUUAAAGUAUGUUUUAAACUAAUUUGUUUGAACUUGAACUGGAAUUUUCACUGCCGGGAUUUUAAGUUGUUCACUGUGAUUGACAAAAUUUCAAGUUAUUUUUAGUAAUUAAUCAUUCCAUUAAUUUGACUAUUGUUUUUAUAUACCGUUAAAAUGAUUUUAAAAUGA